AUGAGUCACGCCCCUGGAACCCCGACGCGGCUUCUAGAUUCCAAGUCGGACGCCGCCGCGGGUCUCAUGGCCGGCGCGACGUUCAAAAGCGGGCCUCCCCGCGCGCCCGCACCGCCAGCAGGUUUCGCGAUCCCCAAGAAGUUCCCACUCCUCUCCCCCCGAAAUCGAAAUCCCUCACCAACUCAGAUCUCUCACUACCUCCCCCCCCCCCACCUCCCACAUCUCCACCAACAACAACUGUCCGCCUCGCCUCCACACGCCCCGGGACCCGCUCGCGCCGCAAACCUACCGCAGGUGACUCAGCCUCCCACAGCCCCUCCUUCGGCCCCUCCCACAGGCCCUCUUUCGGCCCUCCCACAGGCCCUCCUCCUCCUCCUCCUCCCUCAGGGCCCCGCCGCAGUCUAA